GUCUCUUUGAAGCAGCACCUUGUAUUGCAUUUUGAGUCUUGAGAGUUGAGAGAGAAAUAAUUAAUAAACAAAGAGAAAAUAAGAUAGGAGAGAGAGAGAGAAUAUCUCUCAUACUUUAACAUAUAUUCUUACCUGAUGAAAUUUUCUUUCCAAUCGGCAUAACUUUCUCUAGAUUUAUCCAUUGAAUAUUUUCUAUUCCUCUAUCUCACCAAAAUCUUCAUCAAAAUCUUUACUUAUUAUUCCCUAUUGGUUUUGAGUUUCAGCAUGUGAAUUUUCCCUUGAUACCAUAUAUUGAGAUUUAUCCCAAUUUUUUCAUCAGAUUACCCUCAAUUUGUUAUAUCUUCAUCAGAAAAUUCAGAACUGAGCCUCUGAUCAAUCUGUAAAACGUAACUGAUUUUUAUUUGUUAGUUACCAAAACUGCCCAUUCACACCCUUUGGGUCAAGACUGAUAGAAAAACAGGGUUUUAUUGCUUAAAAAGCCUUGUCUCUGAUCAGAAUUUGUAUCAAGAAUCGAUUUUUGGUUUGUGGGUGUCAUCAAAAUCGGAUAAAGAUUGAAUUUUGUUAUCUGGGUGUCAAUAAAGAUUUGAUUUUUUGAUCUGGGUGUUGAAAAAGAUUUGAUUUUUUCUUAUAUAAGCUUUCAGUUAUGGCCAAGAGUUUUGGGACUCUUGAAAAAUGGAGGGAUUAUUUUAGGACAGCAAAUUCAGAUAUAUUUGAUAUAAUUGAGCAUGCAGUUAUGGUGGCAGCUACAGAUUGUCCAAAAGAGUUCAAAUUGAGAAGAGAUAAAAUUGCUGAAAUGCUUUUUACAUGUAAAGUCACAAGGUGUUUUGGUUGUGAUAAGGUUGAAUUAGCAGUGCCUCUUGCUAAUGAUGAUGAGGGAAAGAAUAAGAAUAAGAGUGAGUUUGGUGGAGGAUUUGAGGCUAAAGAGAGCAAAGCCAAUAGUAGUAUAGAUCAUCAUAUUGAAUUGAAUGUGAAUCAAGUUAGUAAUUAUAGCUAUGGAGAUGCUGAGGCAUUGACUGAGGAGAUAGAGGAAGAGACUCAGACUCUUGGAGAGGUUCUUAGGAUCAAAGAUAUCAUUGAUAACAGUCAACAUGAGUCCGCAGAGGUUUAUGAGUGCUUAAGAAGGCUUCAACUAAUGGCUUUGUCUGUGGAGACCCUGAAGGCUACGGAGAUUGGAAAGUCAGUUAAUGCUCUCAGAAAGCACAGCUCAAAGGAUAUUCGGCAUCUAUCCCGGACAUUGAUUGAGGAUUGGAAAGUUUUGGUAGAUGAAUGGGUGAAUGCUACUGCAGCCUUUACAGGUACUGAAAGCACUCCAGAGUCUAUGAAAGUAUCUGUAGUUGAUCAAGAGGAGGAAGGACUUCCUUCCCCGCCGUUGGAUGACUUAGCUUUCUUUGCUGCUCAGACCACUUCAAUGGAGUUGUCACAAUUCUUUGACGGCAUGGAUGAUGAUGGAAAUCCUCGAAACAGUGGGGAAUUCAACGAGAACCGAGGAAAUGGCAGAAAGUCGUCACUGGAUAACCAGAAUAACCCAGUUCGGAAGAAGCAGUCGGCUGAUUUCUUCGAUGCUGCUCCCAAGGAGAGGAAGGGUGAACAACAAAAGAAACAAGAAACUGUAAUCAAGAAACAAACACCAGUUAUGAGACCAAAUAAGCCAUCCGGAGGUGACUCUGGGCCCGGAAGACCGAUACAACCAGCCUCAGAACAGAAGCUCAAGAUGAGCGAGAUGAACUUCCAGCAGAAAUCCGAUAAAGGCACAGUUCAAAGGAGGCCUGUGCCUACUCAACAAAAUAAACUUAGACGCUCAGAUGAGGAUGCAGUUCAAGUCAAACUUGAGGCAACAAAGAGAAAGCUUCAGGAACGGUACCAAGAGGCUGAAAAUGCCAAAAGGCAGCGGACAAUACAGGUUAUGGAGUUGCACGAUAUCCCCAAGCAGGGUAUCUCCAACCAAGGUCUUGGCCUUAAAAAUCCUCAUACGAGACCGGGCAACAAUAACAGGCAUUGGGCAAAUGGACGUCGCUGAAUUUUCUAUCAACCGACUGUCUCAAUAAGAUCUCAGUUUUCAUCCACCUUUGCAAGUUAUUCUUGUAGAAAAACACUGAUGACUCCUCAGUCUACUAAUUUCUCAACUUGCUGUGGAAACAGAGGAUCUCAUCUAAUUUACCUCAAUAGUAGAGGCCACUCUCAAAUCGGGAGGGGCACGCGAGUGUUAUCUGAGUUACAAUAUGCUUAGAUAAACAUUUUUCUUGGACCUACAGGGUUUGGCAUUUUUGGUCUAAAUUUUUUUGAUAUUUAGGAAGGACUUAUUACCAUGUAUUGAUUAUUAACCAUAUGCUUUCAUAAGAAUACCCUGACUGUAAAUUUGCACAGAAUAAGUGCAUUUUCAUUUUGGUCAGAACUUUUGUAUGAAGCACAGAACAUUGAAAUAUGAAUGGAAUAGAAAAGGCUGGUUACAUUCUC